AUGGAGCCUCAAAAUAAGGACCAGGUGCUGCUCCAGAACACAGCGGCCGCUGGGCACCCCCCUCUGGGCCCCUCGCAACUUGUGGACUCCCCACCCAGCCACCCACAGCCUCUGCCUCCCCAGCGAAGGCCCCCUCUCUCCUACUCCCCUUGCUCCCCGGGGACCCCACGGUCCCACUCUCCUGGCUCCCGUUUCUACUCUUCUGACUCAAAUUCUGACUUUAUCCUACACCCUCACUCUUCCUCUCUCCCAAGUUCCCCCAGCUUCUUUCAUCAGAAUUACACCUCUCUCUCCCUCCCACCCUCUUCCUCUCCCUCCCAGGGGCGGUACCCCUCCCCGGCUCACACCCAUUCCUCCUCUCCCUCUCAGCCCCAGAACACCUCUCUCCCCCACACUCAUUGUCAGUCUCCCUCCCCCGCAGAAGACUGCCCUAGCUCCACUGUCACUUCCCCAUCCCCCAGCCUACCUUCUGGUGGUGUCCACUCAAAGAGGCAGGCGUGGCCCCGGGAUCAGUACGGGGACACCAGGUCCUCUGGGCUGGUGGGGGAAUGCGUGGCAAGCGAGAAGGACCCUGCGGAGUUCAGGGACCCAGGAGCCCUGGCCCAGGCCCUGGUGGCCCAUCUGGGGCACCGCCGCAUUGCUCUCGACCUGGAGCUACUGCUCUUGCAGCGUAUGUGGCUGGGCAGACCUGGCCCAGCCCCCGUUGUAGAAUAUCCCAUAUGCCUGGUGUGCCUCAAGCCCCGCAGCCCCUCUUGCCCCAUCCCCAGGUACAGGACUGGCCCCCGGCUGCUUGCCUUCCUCCAGCUACUGCCCUGUGCACAAGGCCAGGAAUCCGGACGACUCCGCAUAGGCAUUGGUUUUGGCCUCCGCCUGCCUCGGGGCCAGGCCAGGGCCUUGCACCUGUUGCCCGAAAGAAGGCCAGAGGCAGCAGGGCCUCAGGGCAAGGCUGUUCAGGCCCAUGGAUGUCAAACCCAGGCGUCCCCGGCUCUGGCAGCUCAAGCACCAGUGGCUCAGGCGCAGGCAGGUCCAGCCCGGGGCGCAGCCUCCCAGACCACCAGCCUCAGAUCUGCAGGCCUUCAAUCACCAAACUCUACAUGCUUUUCGGGGCCUCAGCCUCAGGCACCCAAACAGGCCACCAUCUACCCGAAACCCGGGCCUUCCUCUGCGCCCAAGAGGCCAGUCUCUCCAGAACCCAUUCUCCGAAAGUCACCAGCCUCGUUCCGGAGCCAAGGAGGCUCUCUGGAGUAUCUCCUCUGA